AUGCACAAGAAAGACAACGAAGUAAUAUUCAGCAGCUUAGGCGCCGUUGUACUCAACAAUCGUUCCAAAGCCAUCAACUACGUCACUCUGGAUGAAAUCUCAAAGUUAUUCAAGGCGGUUGCCGAAAAAAAGGGAGUACAAACGGCGGUUAUAUUCAAAGGCUCCGAGGACUGUCUCACUCUGCACCGAAACAGCAAGGAGAAACCCCUCAUCAAGUUGCCGUAUGAUGAAGUGGUUCAACUGAAACGGGAUGAUACCGUAGAAGGUUUGAUCUUCCUGCAACACACCAAGAAAGCCAAAUCCAGUCUUCUUGUCCUUAUGCUUUCUGACCCCUCUGCUGUUACUGCUCUGGAAGAAUCGAUUCAGAAGAAGAACAAAUCUGCCAUAUUGUGGAGUCAAAGUUAUGAAUAG